UCAGGGUGAGAAAAUAGUUGCAACACAUCACGAAUACAAUAAGCCUUAUGUCAUCACCAUUGUAACGAAAGAUAUCGAAUUUGUGGAAAUCUAUUGUUCUCGAAUUCGUGCAAGUAAGAGAGUUUUCCCGCAGAGCAAAGGGUCAUUCUCGAUUUGAUUGUUCUUGAAGUUACCAAAAUUAUCGACAAUCUUUCACGUUUUGCGCUCGAGAGUGUUUUUAUUGCGUGGGUUUUGAAAAAUUCUUCCCGUCUCGUAUCUCAAGCUAACGAGGAUUGGAUAGGAUUGUACAUGCCAGCGCCAAGGUCAAGGUACUUCAUAUUGUCGCAGCAAACAAGGGAUAACUUAUUUUUCAUCUGCAUCACCUGUACUAUAGCGACCUAAAACAGUCAUGAACUACCUAGAAGACUACGUGGUUUUCGUGUUGUGCCUUUUGCUCCCAAUCGCCGUGGGAUUCUUCUUUGCCUGCCGAGGACAAAGGCCGAAAACCACAACAGAAUUUCUCUUCGCGGACAAGAAUUUAAGAAGCUGGAUUUUGGCGCUGUCACUUGUGGCUAGCUAUUUUUCGUCGGUUCUUCUUCUUGCUUCAGUAGCACAAGUGUUUUCAUUUGGACUGCAGUACAUCAUUUUCGCUCUGUUCGCUUACUGGUUUGUCGCGGCUGUUGCUCAUAUUAUCUUCAUUCCUAUGUUUCACCGAUUGCAAGUUACGUCAGUCAACGAGUACCUAGAGGCGCGGUUUUCCGGUGGCGUCCGGUAUGUGGGGGCAAUCCUCUUCACUGUGACCUAUAGCCUGUACUUAUGUCUGGUCGUGUACAUACCCUCACAGGCCAUCAAUACGGUUGCUGGAGUUCCGUUAGCAGUCGGCAUCGUCUGCACGAGCGUCGCCUGUACACUGUACUCUGCAUUGGGAGGCUUGAAGGCGGUGGCGUGGACAAACGCGUUUCAUGUGAUUCUUAUGGUGACUGGACUGGUCACGCUGUGCAUUGUGGGUACGAACACCGCAGGAGGCUUUGAUCAUGUGAUUGAAGUCAACAAAGAUCGAAAGCGAAUGCUGUUAUUUGAUUUCAACCCAAACCCCACAGUCCGUGAUACUUUCUGGACACUUUCCAUUGGCGGAGCCAUCACUGUCAUACCUGUGUGGACGGUCAAUCAGACAGCAGUUCAGCGGUAUAUCUCCAACAAGUGUGUCGGCCUGGCUAGGAGGGCCGUUUGGAUCAGUGUGCCAGUGCUUAUAAUCAUAACAGGCUUAGCGUGUAUAACCGGUCUCAUCAUGUAUACUGUGUUUGCCAACUGUGAUCCUUUGAUGACAGGAGCAAUUCAACGCAAUGAUCAGGUGCUGUUCUACUACAUCAAACAUCACCUACAACACCUAAAAGGACUUCCAGGAUUCCUCACUUCCUGCGUGUUCGCUGGAUCUUUGAGCUUCGUGUCAUCAGGACUGAACUCUUUAAGCCUGGUCAUUUUGGAGGAUUUUUUAAAGAAAUGGUCAAGAAGGAUUGACGACUUCGAUUCGGUGAAAAGUUGCAAACUUAUCACUGCGAUUCUGGGCGUGACAGUGAUGGGAGGAGCCUUUGUUCUUCACCAUGCAGGCGACGUGGUCUUACAGAUGUUCUCUGGUUUGCUUUACAUCACCGGUGGCCCUUUACUUGGCAUCUUCACUCUCGGUCUUUUGGUGUCACGAGCAAAUGCAAAGGGCGCAUACCUUGGAGUGGUCAGCGGUCUGGCCAUGACAAUCUGGCUUUUUACUGGAGCCCAGCUUUACCCGCCAAAUGAAAACUUCGGCCCAGUCUCAAUCUCGGAAUGCUCCCCUGAAGUAUUCAACAAGUCUCAAGCAGCGAUGAUCAAUAACACGAAGAUCACAUACCAGUACGAUAACCCGAUGGCUGGGUUUUACAGCACAUCGUACUUGUGGUACUGUGCCAUUGGUUGGUUUGUUACUAUGCUAAUAGGAACUGUUACAAGUUUGUUGUUAGAAACUGCAGAAGAAAGAAAAGUAGGCGUGGAUCCCAAGUUGUUAUUUCCAGUGAAGUUAUGGCUCCUAAGCUGGUUACCCAGCCAACGAAAUAGAUGGAACUCGAAAACAGGCCUGCCUAUGUCAGACGAUAAAGAGGACUGGGUUCAGCUCGGGGAGAGAAAGCAUGAUCCAGGUUGCAAAGAGCAGCUUCCAGUUGGAAGGAACUCAUAUAGAACCAGUGUUGCAUGAUACACGACAAGAUAACAAACAACAACAUCAACAACAACAACAACAAAGCAAAGAACAGCAGUAACACUGAAGGUUUCAUCGAUAACAUUGACUGAGGUUGCCAAGAUAUGGAGCUAAAUAUCUUGUGAAAGUUCAGUGUAUGGAUCAUUUGAAACUUUGUUGCUAAAACUACAUUGUUAACAACAUAGAGCUGUCAGUGGAGUGCAAAGGUUACAAUGAAACUAUGCGCGUCAGUUGAUGUCCACAGACUUUGAAAAAAAGCAGUGGGGAGUUAAAGCAUUUGGGAUCACUUACAGAUACAAUGGACACAUUAUUUCAGCCUCUAUGAGGGUAUCAAUUUACAGUCAGAACUUUGCAUCCGGGAACUUAAAAGUCUACCAGUGAAAAUACUUAUUUUACAUUUAAACUAGCAUCCGUGAGGUUGAAGUCACAAGUAUAUUUUUCUAACAAUUAUUUAUUUAUAGAAAAAGUGAAUCUGCUUCAAUGUUUUUUUUCUUGCCCGGUAUGGCCUUGAGAUACUUGGAGAAGCCAAAAAGGCAAAAAGAGAGGGGGAGGGGUUGGGAGAGGGGGGAGGAGCUAUUCUAAUUUGGAUGUUUGGUUACUGAACACUAAUAAAUUGAAGAUUUUUCAUGUCAUAUUCACCACUAGAGCUGACAAGGGGAACUUAUUUCAUUUACUAAAGGAUGAGAGCAGGAAAAAAGAAGUCACAAACACCAAUCAGAAGAAAGGAAGAUACCUUUAACCCUUUAACUCCCAAGAUCUAAUUGUUAAUUCUCCCCUGUAGCUGCUACACAUUUCCUUGUAAAUUAGUUAUGAGAACUUGGUGCUAGAUCAAGAUAGCAGCUUCUACCUGAUAAGUUUGAAUAUUCUCAUUACCCGUUUGCUGAAGAAUGUAUGGAUAUUGUAGGGAGAAGUUUUAUGUUAAUCACUUCUGGGAGUUAAAGGGUUAAGAGCCAAUGAGAACUCAAAUUUCAACUAACCAAACCUUAAGUGAACAAAACGCAGGCAGCUAAGUUGUGAUUGGUUGUAGUUUUGCAUCUGAUUGGUUGAGAGAUUGGUGCAAGUUUUCAAGCCCAAUCACAAAGUGAAGCAAAAAAAAAAACAACAAACAAACAAACAAACAACAACAACAUCAAUCUUAAAUUAUUUUCAAUACUCAAUUGAAAACUGUUCUAACACACUUACAGUCUGAUAAUUUAAACACAAUUAUAACCAAAUUUGAAUCACUUUUUUGUAAUAUUUACAAUAACUGAAACAGUUUAAGAUGUUGUAUUUUUGAAGGUUGGUGUAAAAUUGCAAUUAAAAACUAUAACAGGGGUUUCACAGAAUCGUUUCU